GGUUAACCAUUAAGUAUGGUGCACUUCAAAGAUGUGCAGAGUGCUAAGAAUAGCACAGGGCUUUGCAAAUCCAGAUUAUUCUCUUUGUGGUACCGGAGAGAAACUGCAGUCCCAAGACUUAAGAGUCUAAAAAUGGUGUAUCAGCCAAGGUUAACAAUUUGGGUCAGCCAGGAACUCUUCCCAACUAGCCAAGGGGAUGGAGGAUUUCCUAAGGGAAAUCUUACUAUCCCAAAGGAAGUUAAUCGCAAGAAGAACAAUGAGACUGAAGCUGCGUUCCUGACUCCAGCAAAUGGCUAUGGAUAUCAUUUCACUGAAAUCAAUUACCUCUACUCUUUUUAAUCAUAAUUCCUCCAUUUGUAUUACAUAUGGUAUAUGGGUGUUGAUGAGGUCAUGGUGUCAUAUAUCGGGAAUUGUUUCUGUGUAAAUCAUCAAGUAUAAGAAGAAACUAUGGGACUCUGAGCCUUGCUUUAGAGAAUUACAGUGGAUAAAUGUGUAUCAUACAAACAGUUUUUAACAUUCUGACUCAAGUAAAAGCUCUCAGAAUUUCACACUGUGAAUCCAUGUUUACCAACAUUACAGGUGGGCCUUCAGGCCUGGUUCUGCCACAACGUCUUCCACUACUCAAACUCCACCGCUGACAUGCAACCGGUAAACUGCCGCCUCUCCAUUUCCACCAUUCCUAACUGCUUCUUGCAGAGGCUGAGAGUCCCUCUUUUCCCCUCCCCCCCACCCCAUUUAGAUGUAACAAGCCUAGUAGUUUAUUUUCAUCAAUUGUCUGUAUAUCUCUAUAUUUUAUCCAUGUACUCUUUUGAUGUAUAGAAGUAGUAUGAAACUCAUGGUUUCCUUGUGGUAAGUGAUUGAGAUGCUGCCACGGGAUUUGAGACACUGAUGAAUGGUGCUAUUUUGGACUUUAAACAUGCUCCUUGGCAAGGUAGCUCUGAUGGAGUUAUUUUUUAUUUCCAUGUUCUGAGAAGGUGUUGGUACUUUGUUUUCCUGAAUGUUGUUCUUUAGAUGGGACUGACUUGUUUCUUGUGUCUUCAGUGUGGCUUUCUUAUUAAGUGUUGUAGGGUGAGUAACUACUUAGAGUAAAAGUGAGGGACUGAUUCCGGAUCAGGGUACGCUCACAGACAUGCAACCUGUAGUGGGAGCAAUCACAAAACUGUAAUUUAAGUCAGUCUCCUUUCUGUAUCCUGUCCACAUAACUUAGAAAAAGAUGAGCAAUAAGUUUCCAAUAGUCUUUGGAAGUCUCUUAUACUUUUGGGGGUGGGGGAGGGAAGGCUUUUUUGGAGGAAAAAAAAAGGGCACUUUUUAAAAUCCUCAUAAAAUACGUGAUGUGGUAGGGAUGAAACAGUGAUUUUUUUUUUCUUAAAACUUCAAAAGGAAACACUCUUAUAAAAGGCAAAGAGUAUAUUUCAGUGUCAUCAAAGUGUAGAUUUUACAUUUUUGUUCUUGCUCCCAGGGUAUUAAGAAAAGAAAAAACCCCCAGUACCAUCUACUCAUGGAAUGUUGUUGUGUUAGACACAGUCUGAAAGCCCACCUUAAUUUUUUUAUAUAACUCUGUCUUUUAGCUCUUCCUUUUACAGGGCAGGCCUUGUUCUGAACUGUUUUACCUUUUGACUGUUAAAUACCAAUGCAUGCACGACACUGCUUAGGUUCUCCUCCCCACCCCCCCUUAUUCCCUUUCUUGUAAGUUUUCUUUUCCAAUAGAUUAGAUGCAUCAACUGUGCUGUAUAUAGAGCAAGAAACAGUACUCAGCAGUUGUGUCAUUUAUGUAUAGUUGCAAUUGUGUACUGUUGAAAAUGCAGGCUUUUGUAACAGUGUGAUCUAUAAUAAUGCACUGCAAGUACCCAAUGUAUUUUAGCUAUUUUAGUAGGAUUUGCUCAAUAAAUAUGCAAGCUGUAAAGGUAA